UGUGUGUGUGUGUGAGUGAGUGAGUGAGUGAGUGAGUGAGGAGGGCUGGUCUCUGACAUCACCGCCCUGUUGUUGAAUAUUUGCUUGCAGUCUGAGACGCCUUCACUUUGGCUGCAGGAGGACCAGAGGACGCAGCCAGCAUGCGGACUGAGAGCAGCGAGCUGCGGGCCGCUGAGUCGUCUCACCGGGACCUGCUGACCGGGGAGGCUCAGGGCUGAGAGUCCAGCAGGGACCCGGAUCGCGAAGUCACGUGGUGAAGCCCCCGUACCGGUUCCUGUGUGGCCCAGAGUGCCUGUGAAUCUCGUCGCGCCGCGGUGCGCCUGCUGAGCGCCCUCAACUCAUACUGGGAUCAGUUCGGUCCAGGCAGACAGACCGAAGGACGCGCGUUCGUGUCCGCUCCGUGAGGAUUACCUGUGAGUCACCUGGAGGACCUGAGGAGAUGGAUAACUCCUGUUACUUGCUGGCGCUGCUCAUGGUCCUUCUCUCUCUGGGCGUCGGGAUUGAGGAGGGCAUGUGCCAGCACUACUUUCUCCUCCGGCCCAUCCCCAGUGACACUCUGCCCGUAGUGGACCUAAAGGAGGACCCGGACCCGGCGCUGGACCCUCGGGAGAAGGACCUGAACGACACGGAACUCAGGAGCACUCUGGGCAGCCACUUCGAGCCGCACUUCAUGUCCGUGUCCCCGCCGGAGGACAAGUACUCCGGGAACGAGGAGGGGAGCGAGGCGGACCUGCGGCAGAAGCUGUCCGGGGCCAUGCCCAAAGAGAUCCGGGCCAUGGAGUUCGAGGUGCAGCACGGCAAGAAGCAGAAGCCGAGCAAAAAACUGCGGCGAAGGCUGCAGCUGUGGCUGUGGUCGUACGCCUUCUGCCCGGUUGUUUACGCAUGGAACGACCUGGGCAGCAGAUUCUGGCCGCGCUACGUGAAGGUGGGGAGCUGCUACAAUAAGCGGUCUUGUUCGGUCCCUGAGGGGAUGGUCUGCAAACCUGCCAAAUCGACUCAUUUUACGAUCCUGCGAUGGCGCUGCCUGCACAAAAAGGGGGGUCUGAAGUGCGCCUGGAUACCCGUUCAGUACCCCAUUAUAUCAGAGUGCAAGUGUUCCUGCCAGAACUGACAGCGACAAGCAGCAAGAACUCCACACGGACCGUUUAAUCCCGCAGACUGACGAGUCCUGAAAACCUGUCACUGAUUUCACAUCAAAUCAGCUUUUCUAAAAUCUUCGUCCUGUCUGUAAAAAUGUUCCGAAGUGUGAAGAGAAGAAGUUCAACUCAAACUGAGGUCUGCAGGCUUGUCAGAAUGUAUAUGUGAUGUACAUGUUUUUUAUUAUUGUCAUGACAGAACUUUGCAUAAAAAGGAAGGUCAGUAUUCUUAAUCUAAUCUACUGUAUUUGUUAAACGUAUCCGCGUUGUAUCUGCUUAUAUUUAUGAUGGAGAGUCCAAAUGUUCAUCCUGAAGGGCUCCUGCAGCUAAUCUCUGAGAUUAAAAUGAAUUGAAGUCCC